AUGGACGCACAUCGCAGUGAAAGCGAUGUUCGACAUCAAAUCAGCCGAAAACCCGUCCGAUCGAGUCUGGUGCCUACAGAAACCGAGACCACACCAGCAGAGCCAGCAAGCGAACCUCUUCUUAAUAACUCGCAUCACAGCCAUGAUGAUGUGGCAACACCGCUCGCCCAGAAUGAAAGCAGAGACGAUGGCGUUAUAGUAACCGACAAUACCAACCAUCACCCAAGGUCGAGCACGGACACGAGUGCGCAGGAAAUAGUCGAGGAGAAACCUAGCGGAAAUCGCCCGUCGUCAAAAGGAGGAGGCUUCAAAGCCUCAACAUGGCGCAUCAUCGAUGGGUGGUGGCAAGAGUUUCUCUGUUGCGCACUCGGUGUUGCGGCUCUCGUAGCAUUAGUAAUAGUGCUGUCAACAUUUGACGGAAAGCCUCUGCCCAAGUGGCCUUCUGGCAUCACUAUCAAUGCUGUUGUCGCCUUUUUAUCAACGGUCUCUCGCACGGCUUUCAUAAUUCCAGUGACGGAAGGGUUAGCCCAGGCCAAGUGGACUUGGUUUAAGAAAAAGCCGCGUCCGCUUGAGGACUUUGAGAUGUUUAACCAGGCCUCUAGAGGACCAUGGGGUAGUUUGACUCUUCUUUCCCGGACCAAAGGAUGGUUGGUUGGUAUCAUCGCGGCGAUUUUACUUACUUCGACCAUCGCAACGUCGACACUCACGCAGUCUGCAGUCACUUACACCUCCAAAGCUGUCGGAACCACGGGAAGCAGAGAAGCAGUUGCAUGGAGGGUGACUGAAACCUGGGCGGUAGAAAACCCGAACUGGAUGGUGUAUAAUGAGCAGUCUAUUGUCAGAGGUAUCGCGCUAGGGCUUCAUAGGCCGGCAAACGAUAUCCUACCUUACCGAGAGCCUCUUUGUCGCUCAUCUAAUUGUACAUGGGACCCGUUUACCACACUAUCUGUGUGCCAUGAGGCCACAAAUGUGACCCAUCUACUUGAGUCUGACUCUCCUUAUAACUAUGACACCAAAGUAAAACUGCCAAAUGGGGUUUCUAUGACUCUUGCAAGAGGUAAUUCUAGAUACACUAGUGCCGAGACGCUCUUCGUUGGUGAAGGAAAUACUAUAUCCUAUCCUCAGCUACAGAACAUCAGUAUCUGGAAUUACUUUGCAAUACAUUGGAAUGGAACUGCGAAUGAGAGUCCACAAGCCAUUGAGAUCUCACUGCACUGGUGCAGCAGCACUUACAAGGCAGAGGUGGUGGACAACUUGCUUUCUAUGCAGAAGAUUGAUUCCUUGGCUGAGUACACCACAGGAACGAAUGAAUCGCUGUACUAUCUUGUCUCUUCAGCUGACAGAAAAGCUAAGUUUAACUACAAUCGCGAUGGCAGAAGUAUUAUCUUACGCAACCUCGAAGACGCCAUGGCAGGAAGUCUUAGUAAGACCAACGACAGGCCUCUUUAUGGGAGGAACGGAACCCAUAUGCUCAUACAGUCAAUGUCGGAGAUUCGCCAAGCGUACUUGAAAAAGGCUGCCGAAGGAAACAGAUCAAUCACUGGGGAAGAGAUGAUGAGGCCGUGGUGGGAAGCUGUGAACGGCAUGGCGCGAAAUGUGGGUAUUGGCCUCACAAACGUAAUGCUCCCAGUAGAUAGUAAUGUUGAAGGCACCUCUUUGAGGACUGAGGUGUUUGUGGAGGUCCGAUGGGAGUGGUUGGCACUCCUAGGUGGGCAAGUCUUUUUAUCUAUCCUCCUGUUGAUUGUCAUUGUCAUCGAGACAGCAAACGCCAAUAUCGACAUCAUCAAGAGCUCGCUCCUGCCAGCGUUAUUCGCUAUCAAUGCGAAAGAGAAAGCAGACUUGGAGCGCCGUGUUGCAGAAGGCGAGCCUCUUAUGGGUAAAGGCGAUCACAGGCUAAUGCCCAAAGGUGUGGGAGGGGAGUUUCGCAAGAAAGGCGAGGGAUGGACACUCGCCUGA